UAUAUAAUAUGAUUUCAAUCAUGGUUAAAAUUUUAGGCUAAUGUUUUUACAUGCAUAUAAUGUUUUAAAUACUCAAUAGCCUUGUCUGGUGUUGUGUUCCUUUAAGCAUGUUCACUUUUUCCUGUAAGCAAUGUAAUGAGGAAGUGUCUGACUUCAAUCAAUCAAAGGCUAACAAAUGUUGUUUUCGCCGGUUUGAGGGUAGUUUUUUCGCACCGUGUGAAAUGAUAGUAGUUUCAAGCAAGAAUCGAAUACUUCGUAUUAACUUUCACCCGUGCAUUAAACAUGAUUGAUUUACUGCAACUUCGACUCCACAGAAACAUCCGGCACAAGUGCGAGUCGUCUCACUUACUCACUUCUCAGAGCAACAGGGGGAUGGGUAUUCCUUCUGGUGGACGUAACGUAUUUGUUUGAACCAGUCCACAUCUCAUAAGCUUCAAAUUAAAUCUCACAGUGACAAUUACCUUCCGACAUUUUCUCUCUGUUGUUUUCAAUAAUACUUUUAACAGUAGGACUAUGUUUCACUGAAUUAGGCAUCGGCAUGUCUUCUGACCCUCCGUUUUCGAAGACUAAAAUAGGCGAUAUGCAAUUUUAUUGGGCGACUUCCGCCAUUAUACUAUGCUUACGUACAGACGUUUUAUUAUAAAGAUUAUUUAUGACAUUAUAUUGCACUACAAGAUAAACAACGCUUAUAUGUUCCAGCGGUAGAGGAAGUAUCAAAUGCGGGUGGCUCGUUGACUGUAGUCCAGUAAAUCCCAGUCUGGAGACUUCCAUAACGAAUCUGUCACUUGAUAGAUGCGAAUGGUCUGGGCAAACCUGGUGUGAUUUUAUAGCACGAAUGACAUGAAUAGCCAGUCACAAUCCAACCCUUGUGAAAAGCGAACGCCUUUAUAUAUUCCGCAUUCGUACAAUGCCUGUUUUGUGAUCAAAACAACCAAUUCUGCCCUGAAAGCGAGUUUGAGUUGGCACACCAGCAAAUAACAGCCCCGUUUCACUUUCUUCACGCGUCUCGCACUGCAACUGUGGUCUACAUCAGGUGCGUGGCGUGACAUCUCACCGAGACGAAGUACCAGUUGGCGAUACAGCGGGCAUCAUGAGGAGAGGAGCCAAUAAGCCGCCGGAGCCUGACGACCCCUUGUGCUGCUGUGAGUAUGUGGACAGGAAGGGAGGGCGGAGCCACGUGGCGGCGUGCUGCUGCGACUGCGAGGACCUGGACGAUGCGUGUGACAGAUGGCUAAAGCGGGAGUCUCAGAAAGCAGACUCUCUGUCUCAAGUGACAGACACAGUGACCGACAGACUACGGGUGCCGUGGAUAAAGGGGGCGAAGCGUCUCGAUCUGUCCCUGCUCCCGCCCCUCCUGCUGCUUCCUAUCCUGCUGCGCAUCGCGGCCUUGCAUGUCUUUCUGGGAGCUGUAGUCCUGAUAGCACUUCCUGGGAUGGUGCUCUGGUACUACUACUUCACCCACCGCAAGAAGGGCCGCACUUUAUUCUUCUUGAGUCUGGCACUAUUCUCAUUGGCUUACAUGUACUACCUCUUCGUCACGGAGAUAGUUUCCCGCGGCGAUGUCACUUCCACGCAGCUGGCUACUGUAACGACAGGUGUGAUUCUAACUCUCAUCUCACUCAUCCACACCAAGAGGGGUCCGGGCUAUGUUAAACCCCACCUCUCUGACACCCACAGCACUGUCACCUAUCACAGUCCACUUCCUGACAAAGACUCCGCCCACCUCAACGGUGUCAGGCAUCAGGUGGUCAUAGCCAAUCGGGGGGCGGCGCUGGAGCACAGAGCCAAUGACGGGGCGGUGGAGGCGGCCCCAAAGCAAACUGACAAUAAGAAGAAGAACUGGUGCACCUGGUGCAGGAUAGUGCGCCCCCCACGGGCCGGACACUGUCGCAUCUGCAGUGCCUGCAUCCAGCGCCUGGAUCACCACUGUGUCUGGAUUAACAGCUGCGUGGGGCGGGCCAAUCACCGAAGCUUCCUGAUGACGCUCCUCCUCUUCCUGUUGACGUCCCUGUACGGGAUAAGCCUGGUGCUACGCAACGUGUGCCCACGUCAGAACGUGCUAAUCGCCCUGCUUUACUGCCCGGGAGUCUACAGUCAGUACAGCUCGGCCCUCUGUUUCACCUGUGCCUGGUACAGCAGCAUCGUAACGGGUGGGCUGCUUCACCUCCUGCUCCUCCAGCUUAUUAACGUCAGCUACAACGUGACUGAACGCGAGGCCCGGCUCGCCUUGCGGGAAAAGACUGGACGCAGUCUCCUCGGGGGCCUUAUUAUCGACACCGGCGUAUACUCACAAGGUUUCCGCAACAACUGGGCAGAGUUCCUGACUAUGGCUGAUGACUCCGAACCAUCGUCACCCACCUUCACAGAACUGGUGUAAGACCACAUAUGCCGUAUUGUCGGUGUCGACUGACAUCUCACUCCAGGCUGUUCCUCUGCUCUGUUUUAUUCCAAGGACUGACCUCUGUCAAACAGUCUGGAUUUGCUCACACGUUGGUUUCCCUCUGGACAUUAAUGUUGCGUAGCUGCAGCCGCUUAGACUGCGAUUGGGCUGUUUCCUAAGCCUCCAGUAGGGGGCACUGUUGUACCAUCUCUACUCACAACAGACACGGUUCCACUCAGCCUUGUGUGGGAGGCAGUCGGAAAAAGGUUUAUGGGGCAGGUCAUGGGGAUAUGUGUUGCUACAAGCUAACAAUGACAUCCGGCCCACGCCUCCUUCUUCUCUUUAUACUGUUUUCCGCCUGCUUCUGCUGGAGUUGAUGAGCUGAAACGGGUCACAGACGCAUUUCAAUGUUGGAGCAAAUUGAAGUAAUCCUCUUGCCUUUUUGAAUUGAUUUAUUCCUGCGCAGAUAACUGAUUUAUCUGUUAACUUUUUUUCAUCCGAUUUUUUUUUUUGACUGUUUUAUCCAAGCAUCAUUUCUUUCUUUUACUGAUUUAGUGAGAUUCUUCCCUUUAUGGCCUUCUCCAACCCAUCCAGACAGCACUGAACUUCCCAGCGGUUCCGGCCCGGAUCCAGACACCAGCCCAAUCGGAUUCACACUUUAUUUUUAAGUUGGGGGUUUUAAGACUCAUGAAUAUUUACAGGGGAUGAAGCAGAUGCUGUUAGAGAAAGUUUCCACCACCAUGUCUGUCUCACUUUCCCCUCACUUCCUCUUUUGAGGACGCAAAGUGUGAGAUGCUUUUUAAAACAGACGAGUCACUUUUAGGAGUUGAUACCCCACUAUUAGGACCAUCUGUGUUUGGGGAGGGAUGUGUACAUGAAAGCACAGAGCAAUCAAACUCAAACAAAGAUGUGACAUGGCUUCUUGAUUGAAUUGUAAUUACAAUGAUGUGCAAUAGGUGAAAAAGCUUUGUUCUGAUACUACUAACAUAAUGUACUUGUCUCAGAUGGCAGAAAAACAACGUUGUUAAACACUUUGAGUGAAGAACAAAAUAAAACAAACACAUGUUCACAAAGAAAAACGGGA